ACAAGCAUGCCUCGUCUCUAGAGAGGCAGAGCGCGUCGCAUUGACUUGGAGACGCUUUGGUUCAGAGAGCGAGAACUGUGCAGCCGCCACUGAAGCAGAGCGCAGGAGUUUUAUCCCAACUUCACUGCAGCAGGUCGUUGAGACACAGCGACCUUGUUCUCGGGUGAAAUAUUCCUGGGGACAAACGCACAAGUGAGCACACUUCACAGACGAGCACAAUGCAGGAGUCGGAGCCCACCGUCUGCCAGCUGCAGCCCAACAUCAUCUCAGUGCGCCUCUUCAAGAGGAAGGUUGGUGGUUUGGGCUUCCUGGUGAAGCAGAGGGUGUCCAAGCCGCCUGUCAUUGUGUCAGACUUGAUUCGCGGUGGCGCGGCAGAAGAGUGUGGCCUGGUGCAGGUGGGCGACAUUGUGCUGGCAGUCAACAACAAGCCCCUGGUGGACCUUUCCUAUGAGCGAGCGUUGGAGACUUUGAAAAAUGUGUCGCCCGAGAGCCAUGCCGUGCUCAUCCUCCGUGGGCCAGAGGGCUUCACAACCCACCUGGAGACCACCCUGACCAGAGACGGCCGCCAGCGCACGGUGAGGGUCACUCGACCUGCCUUCCCGCCCUCAAAGUCCUUCGAUCAGUGGUCCCCUCUGAGUGCAUACAGCCCCGGGCAGCAGCUCAACAAGGAUCCCCAGCUAAGGGCCAUUGAGAACCUGUCCUCCCCUUCCAUCACCCAGACUCUCUUGCAGAGGGGAGGCGUGCAGGGCCAGGAUGGGGGCCGCGGAGCUCUCCUGUGCAAUGGGCUGGAAGAGAACAACGACCUGCUUAAGGAGAUUGAACCGGUGUUGCACCUAAUCAGAAACAGCAAAAAGGAGAUUAACGGAGAAGGCCAGCGGAAUGCUGCGAGAAGAGAUGCAGAGAUUCAAGUGGCAUGGGACCUCAGUGUGGGAAACGAGUCAUCCACCCAGCUGCGCUCCGAUAAGGACCGAAUGUUGGAAAACAUGGCCGUGGCAGACCACAAUGCCGAUAUCGACAAGUCUACAGCCCAGGGCAGGACCUCACCCAUUAAGUCAGUGCAGAAUGGCAGCCCCUCAAAAUGCCCUCGCUUCAUAAAGAUCAAGAACUGGGAGACGGGAACCGUCUACAAUGAUGUCCUCCACCACAGCUGCAGUUCGGUGCCAAUCUGCAGUGAAAACGUCUGCAUUGGCUCUGUGAUGGUGCCAAAUCAGUCCGUUCGCAAACCAGACGAGGUCCGUCCCAAAGAGGAGCUUCUUCCCUUGGCCGCAGACUUUAUCGACCAAUACUACUCCUCCAUCAAAAGGUAUGGCUCCAAGGCUCAUGUGGACAGAUGGGAAGAGGUGACGAAAGAGAUUGAAGCUUCAGGAACCUAUCAACUAAAAGAUACGGAGCUGAUUUAUGGUGCCAAACACGCCUGGAGGAAUGCUGCCAGAUGUGUGGGACGGAUUCAGUGGUCCAAACUACAGGUUUUUGAUGCCAGAGACUGCACAACAGCCCAUGGAAUGUACAACUACAUCUGUAACCACAUCAAGUAUGCCACCAACAAAGGCAACCUUAGGUCAGCUAUCACCAUAUUUCCUCAGAGGACAGAUGGCAAACACGAUUUCCGAGUGUGGAACAGUCAGCUGAUUCGCUACGCAGGUUACAAACAGCCUGAUGGAAGUAUUCAGGGAGAUCCUGCUAAUGUUGAAUUCACAGAGAUCUGCAUGCAGCUUGGAUGGAAAGCACCAAAAGGUCGAUUUGACGUCCUUCCCCUUCUGCUGCAAGCCAACGGAAAUGACCCUGAACUGUUUGAGAUCCCUGAAGACCUCAUUCUGGAGGUGCCCAUCAUACAUCCAAAGUUUGAGUGGUUCAAGGACCUGGAGCUGAAGUGGUACGGCCUCCCAGCGGUUGCGAACAUGCUGCUGGAGAUUGGCGGUCUUGAGUUCACCGGGUGCCCCUUCAGUGGCUGGUACAUGGGCACGGAGAUUGGCGUGAGGGACUUUUGUGACAGCUCACGCUACAACAUUCUGGAGGAUGUUGCCAACAAGAUGGGCUUGGACACCAGGAAGACAUCUUCCCUUUGGAAAGACCAGGCGCUUGUUGAGAUUAAUAUUGCUGUUCUCUACAGCUUUCAGACCUGCAAAGUGACCAUAGUGGACCAUCAUUCAGCCACGGAGUCCUUCAUGAAGCACAUGGAGAACGAGUAUCGGGUGAGAGGAGGCUGCCCUGGAGACUGGGUGUGGAUUGUGCCUCCGAUGUCAGGAAGCAUUACGCCAGUGUUUCACCAGGAAAUGCUCAACUACCGUCUCACACCUUCCUUUGAGUAUCAGCCUGACCCUUGGAACACCCACGUGUGGAAAGGAGUCAACGGGACACCCACAAAGAAAAGAGCUAUCGGAUUUAAGAAGCUUGCCAAGGCUGUGAAAUUUUCGGCAAAGCUAAUGGGGCAAGCCAUGGCCAAGAGGGUUAAAGCCACCAUACUGUUUGCCACUGAAACAGGCAAAUCACAAGACUAUGCCAAAACGCUCUGUGAAAUCUUCAAGCACGCCUUUGAUGCCAAGGUUAUUUCCAUGGAUGAGUACGAUGUGGUAGACUUGGAGCACGAAACGCUGGUUUUGGCUGUAACCAGUACAUUUGGCAACGGGGAUCCACCUGAAAAUGGAGAGAAAUUCGGAGCUGCCUUAAUGGAAAUGCGCCACCCAACCUCCAACACAGAGGACAGAAAGAGCUACAAGGUUCGAUUCAACAGCGUAUCUUCUUACUCCGACACUCGAAAAUCCUCUAGUGAUGAACCAGAGGUCAAGGUCAACUUUGAGAGCACAGGACCUCUUGCUAAUGUCAGGUUCUCAGUGUUUGGCCUUGGCUCCCGGGCCUACCCACACUUCUGCGCCUUUGCCCACGCUGUGGACACGCUGUUUGAAGAGCUGGGGGGUGAGCGCAUCCUACGCAUGGGAGAAGGAGAUGAGCUGUGUGGCCAGGAGGAAUCAUUCAGAACAUGGGCCAAGAAAGUUUUUAAGGCUGCCUGCGACGUGUUCUGUGUCGGUGAUGAUGUGAACAUCGAGAAGGCCAACGACUCCUUGAUCAGCAACGACCGGAGCUGGAAGAAGAGCAAGUUCCGCCUAACCUACACCGCCGAGGCCCCUGCGCUCACAGAAGCAUUGUACAGUGUUCACAAGAAGAAAGUGUAUGGAGCAAAGAUGAUUGAAGCUCAAAACCUACAAAGUUCGAAAUCCAAUCGCUCCACCAUAUUAGUCCGGCUCGACACCAACAGCCACGACAGGCUGUGCUACAAGCCCGGCGACCAUCUGGGCAUCUUCCCUGGCAACCACGAGGACCUGGUAACGGCGCUCAUAGAUAAACUGGAGGAUGCUCCGCCUGUCAAUCAAAUCGUCAAAGUGGAGUUCCUGGAGGAGAGGAACACGGCGCUAGGUGUUAUAAGUAAUUGGACAAAUGAGACCCGUAUUCCUCCUUGCACGAUCUACCAAGCUUUUCAGUGCUUUCUGGACAUUACCACUCCGCCCACCCCUGUGCUGCUGCAACAGUUUGCUGCUCUGGCAACCAAUGACAAACAGAAAAGGAAACUAGAAAUCCUCAGUAAGGGUCUGCAGGAGUACGAGGAAUGGAAGUGGUACAACAACCCUACGCUAGUGGAGGUUCUGGAGGAGUUCCCCUCCAUCCAGAUGCCCUCGACUCUGCUGCUCACUCAGCUUCCCCUGCUGCAACCUCGCUACUACUCCAUCAGCUCCUCUCCGGACCUGUAUCCAGGAGAGAUUCACCUCACGGUGGCCGUGGUCUCCUAUCGCACCAGAGGUGGGCAAGGACCUAUCCAUCAUGGAGUAUGUUCGUCGUGGCUCAACAGGAUAGAGAAAGGAGAGAUGGUACCGUGUUUUGUCCGAAGUGCACCAUCAUUCCAACUUCCCAAAGACAACCAAGCACCUUGCAUCCUUGUGGGCCCAGGAACGGGCAUUGCACCAUUCAGAAGCUUCUGGCAGCAAAGACUGUAUGACUUUGAGCACAAUGGGAUUAAGUCAUGCCCCAUGAUCCUGGUGUUCGGUUGUCGACAGUCUGAGAUGGACCACAUCUACAAGGACGAGACUCUCCAGGCCAAGAACAGAGAAGUGUUCAAAGAGCUCUACGCAGCUUAUUCCAGAGAACCUGGCAAACCAAAGAAAUAUGUACAAGAUGUUCUGCGCGAGCACUUGUCAGAAACUGUGUACCAUUGCCUGAGAAAGGAAGGUGGGCACAUCUAUGUGUGUGGGGACGUGACGAUGGCCGGAGAUGUUCUCAAGACCAUCCAGCAAAUCUUCAAGCAGCAGGGUCAGAUGAGUACAGAGGAUGCUGGUUUCUACAUCAGCAAACUCCGGGAUGAGAACCGCUACCAUGAGGACAUCUUUGGUGUCACUCUGCGCACCUAUGAGGUCACCAAUCGGCUUCGCUCAGAGUCCAUCGCCUACAUUGAAGAGAACAAAAAGGACUCCGAUGAGGUUUUCUGCUCAUAGGAUGAUGAAAGGAGGGCUAGAUGAACGCAACGCGAAGGACACGGCAACGCUGGUUAAAGAAUACUGUGCCAAUUUUUGUACUGUAAAAAAAAAAAAAAAAA